GGCACUGACUGGCAUCACUGCUGGGCACUGACUGUCGGCACUGCUAGGCAUUGACUGGCGCAACUGCUGGGCACUGACUGGUGGCAGCACUGCUGGGCUGCAUUGAUGGGCACAGGUGGGUGUCACUGGUGGGCACAGGUGGGUGGGCACAGGUGGGUGGCACUGCUGGGCACAGGUAGGUGGCACUUCUGGGCACAGGUAGGUGGCACUGCUGGGUGGCACUGGUGGGCACUGCUGGGCACAGGUGGGUGCAAUGCUGGGCACAGGUGGGUGGAACUGGUGGGUGGCGCUGCUGGGCACCGAUCAUCAGGGCACUAAUCAUCAGAGCCCUGAUGAUCAGUGCCGAUCCCUGCUCUGACAACUGACGGUUCUCGGCAGUACUUUCUUCACGCUCUGGCAGCAUGAGGAAAGUGCAGCCGAGAACCGGCAAUUGCAU